UUGAUGACGCCCUGAUUUGACGCUGGUCCAUCUGCUCAUAUGGGUUUGUUUCAUUUCAGGGCCGACCCAUGGACGGACCGGACAGGGGUGCUGAAGCCGCGCUGAGGGGAACAUGAGGCUGCCGACGGCGAUGUGGCUUGUGUUCGCGGGCCUGGCGUUCGGCGGGGGAUAUUCUUCCAGAAGCGCCUCCUCCUCGGACGGAGAGGUCCCGAGAAACGACAGCUCUGCGCACGGUGGUGGAAGUGACGGCACCAGGAGCGAGGGCCGGGCGGGACCACAGGGAAACUUUGCCGGCAUCUCGGAAGUGUUGGACGCCCUGGAAAAGGCGGUGGUGUUUUUUCUGGAGUCCUACCACGACAUCAACUUGGACGGGCUGUACGGACUCAGAGUAGCUGAGGGCCAGCUGACGUUACUCCUAGACGGCGUGGACCAUUCCGUGAACACGAGCAGCAGCACCAGACAUUCCCCUCACAGCCAGGCCCUGUCCCGUGUGCACACCAUCCUGCAGGACGCCCGGACCGCCGGCAACUGGAGCCUGCCCAGGAUACGGGAGAGGGACCCGGGCUACUUUAAGGAGUUUAAGGACGUGGUGUCCAGACCUUACGUGAUACGGGGGUACUCCAGAGAACUGGGAGACCAUGUACUGACCAGGGAACGUCCAGCCACAAAAAGGGAGAUGUUCUCAGAGACCAGGAGUGAUAGGUGUAUGCAGGAGAUGAUGGGGAGUACCGGACCUAGACAGGACCCGAACAUCCACACGACCCGCUGUACAGUAACGGAUGAGUGUUGGAGGUUCGUGACCGCUGACGGGGCCACGGGAUACACCAUCACUCACCAGUUAUUAUGGACCAUUCUCGGAGAACAUGUUGGAUGCAAAGAAAACAUUAACGCCUUCGCCAGUCGAGAAGGAGUCUGGGAAGGCGUGGAGUCCAUCCAGCAGCAUCUCUGUACAAAAAUCCUGAGGGAAGCAGAAGUUCUGGCUUCCUCGGGGCCUCCUGAGCCGGAACAGGACCUGUUUCUGGAACAAGGUGUGGUGUGCGGAAUGCUGGGAUUCAGAGACUUCAUACGACGGGAUUGGCUGCAAAAAGUGUUGUCAUGGCAACGGCCCGAGGGAUGUUUCGGGAUCUCGCACCAUCGAACGGCGAGAAGACUACUGGUGGAAAAACUACUAAGAGACGGCUGCCUGUCCCACAAGAGCGGCCUGGGCACCGCCAUGUUGGCCAUGUACGUCAGAUACAUGCUCGACCCCGACAUGGGCUUCAGGACAGGCGAUACCGAACGGAGAUGACGUAGAUCCGUUGCCUAGCAACGCCCAUGGUCGGGACGUCCACCUCAGGGGCCUGGAAAUGUUUUGUAAUGUGUUCUCUGGAUGGAGGACUGAUACGCCGUUCGCAAACACAUCUGGAUUUUUCUACAUACCUUGAGACCUGGUUGGAUGUUUCCUUUACAAUGGUGCGCAGUACAAGAGCUCGCCGUGACACUUUCUUAUGGUGGAGAUAUGGAUGAGCUUUACAGU